CCAGUCCUGGGCGGGUCCUAGGGCUCUGAACCACUGGCCCUUGCCCAACACAGAGGACUAUACCCCCUUCCUAGGAAAGAGGCAUCUGGGAGCACAGCAUGGGGAGGCGGUGCUGCUGGCGGCGGCGCGGGUUGGUGGCCGCGUGUCUAGGCACUGCGUUCCUGCUCCUGUGCACCGCGCCCCGCGCUCUGCGCCUGGCUUUUGAAAACAGGGCCCUCGGCUCCAUCUGGUUUGGUGGGGAGAGGAGGAGUCCUUUGCAGAUGCUCUACGACCUGGACCAGAACCCGAGCUCACCCCUGGCAGAGGUGCACCGACAGCGGCGCGACCUUCUCCGCCGCACUUGCAGCCGCCUCACGCGUCGGCAACACCUGCUGCGGCCCGAGGACUUGCGGCACGUGCUGGUGGACGACGCGCACGGCCUGCUUUACUGCUACGUGCCCAAGGUGGCCUGCACCAACUGGAAGCGCGUGCUGCUAGCGCUGAGCGGCCGCGGCCGUGGCGACCCCCGCGCCAUUCCCGCGCACGAGGCGCACGCGCCAGGCAGCCUGCCCUCGCUGGCCGACUUCAGCCCCGCCGAGAUCAACAGGCGUCUGCGCGCCUACCUGACCUUCCUGUUUGUGCGCGAGCCUUUUGAGCGCCUGGCGUCUGCCUACCGCAACAAAUUCGCGAGGCCCUAUAGCGAGGCCUUCCAGCGGCGCUAUGGCACGCGCAUAGUGCGGCGCCUGCGCCCCGGCGCACGCCCUGACGCCCUGGCACAGGGCCACGACGUCCACUUUGCAGAAUUCCUGGGCUACCUGCUGGAUCCACGCACUCGGCGCGAGGAGCCCUUCAAUGAGCACUGGGAGCGCGCCCAUACGCUCUGCCAUCCGUGCCGCUUGCGCUACGACGUUGUGGGCAAGUUUGAGACACUGGCGGAGGACGCCGCCUUCGUGCUGGACUUGGUGGGUGAGUCGGGCCUGAGUUUUCCGGCGCCGCCACGGCCCAAAGCGGCUGCUGUACGAGACCAAGCUGCACGCCUCUUCCAGGACAUCAGCCCUUUCUACCAGCGGCGCCUCUUUGACCUCUACAGGAUGGACUUCCUGCUCUUCAAUUACUCAGCCCCUUCCUACCUGAGGCUGCGUUAGUGGCAGGGGUGUUUUCCUAGAGUGUUGGAGAUCUGAGGUAAAACAGGAGAAUGUCCAUUUUGGACAGGACAUAAGAUAUACAGGUGCUCCUGCCCCAAAAACAGCUGUUUUGAGAACCUCUAAACACAUAUGUCAGUGGCAGCCCACUUGGGCACAGGUCAUACCUCAUUGGCCUUGGGGACAGCCCCUCUCAGUGACCAUGCCUGCCUCUGCCUGUGGCUUGAUGCCUGUUACUUUUAUCUGCUCCAGGUGACGGGCACCCCUCAGCUCUUCUGGGUGGGCAAAGACUCUGCAAACCAUUUUGGGAGGCUGUGAGAGAUCAACCUUGUGGGCAGUGAGUGUGCCCCUGAGCAUGUCAAUGAUGAACUCAGCAGAGGGUGACGUCUGGCUACAUAUGGUCUACGAGCAUCACCUAUCCUUCACCUAUCCUGGAAAGGACAGACCUGGCCAAGGAGAUAAGCCCCCCCUGCUCAUCCCUCCCUACCUUGGGUUUCAGUCUUAAGGAUGCUAGCUCUUCCUGUGUGCUCACAGAGCCCAGUAUGCAGUAUGAUGCUAGGGUAUUUUUUUUUAAGGACUUAGUCAUGUUUUAAAAAUAAACGUUUUGUUACUUUUUGA